AUGAUUCUUUGUGAAAAUACAGAAGACGAACAGACAGGACCUGGUAACCAAGAAAGUGAGACACCAGAAGGGCCAAGAAGCACAGAAAGGUCUUCUCCAUCUUUGUUUCUCAGAAAGACUCCUCCUGGCACUGGGGAUGAACUAUUAGAUGUUUUAGAAGCAAUUGGUCAAGAGUGCAACGACCUUAGAAAGGAAUUGUCUGAAUCAAAAAAUAGAGAAAUUAGUCUGGAGAAGGAAUUAUUGAACUACAGUAUUACAACAAGGUCAUCCACAGAAGAUGAUAAAGUCAUUUCAAAACUGGUGCAAGAACUUGAAAUGCUAAGGGGAGAAAACCGAAGACUGUACAGAGAAGCAGCUAAUGCCAAGAAUUCUAACUCGCAUGAUAGGAAGAGUGUAGAGGCUCUGCAGAGAACAGUGGAGCGGCUUCAGAACCAAGUGGAUCAACUUAAUUCUGAAAAUUUUGCAUUUAAAUUUAAGCAAAGAUUGAAGGAAGUGCACACAGAAAAGUUGCAAAGUGCAACAAGAGACCAGAUUCAAGACGAUCUAUCAUCAUCAAAAGAAGGCAGUCCGCAAUCUGAGGACUUGGAUGGUAGUAGACACAUAGAAGGUCUUCCAGACACAACAAAUAUCAGAGAACUGAAACAACAUCUAGCUAGUGCAAAAUAUGAAACAGAAAUGCUAAGAAAUAAAUUAGACAGCACAAACUCUGACAUGACUUCAAAACUAAAUCAAACUUUUGAAGAUUUGAAAACAACCAAACAUGAGAGUCAAAGACUGGAGCAAGAAAACAAGUUGUUAAAAAUGGCUUCUGAAACUAAUAAAUCAGAGAUUGUUUCAUUGUCAGUCAAAUGUGAACAUCUACAAAAUGCAUUGAUUGAAGCUGAGCAAAGAAAUAACAGAGUGAGUGCACAACUGAGUGAACUACAAACUGAGUUUGGAUGCGAUCCUGACUCAACACCGAGAAGAAUAAAACGAGAAAAUGCUAUUUUGAAGGAAAAACUACAAAUUGCAGAAGAAGAUCGAGAAAUUCUGAAACAAGAGUUAAAGAACUAUCGAUUGACUCAGUCAAUCUUAGGAAUGUCAAACUCCUAUCAGCAGAGAUAUAUGGGUUCAACUGGUCUGGUUCCCAUGGAAACCACAAAUAGGGAAAAAGAAUCAUUUCACAAUGCAAGAAAUGAAACUGAUAUAGACUAUAUGUCUGUUGGGAAAGAUGUUCAUAGAAGAAGUGCUGAAAAACCACCACUAGGAAGAGAUAUCAAGAUGAUGUCAAAGCAGGAUGUAUCUCCUUCACCAAAAAACAGGAGAAUGACCCAGGACAGGAGCCCAGCAAGGCUAGAACAAGGCAGACAUGAGAGAAGCCCAUCAAGACAGGAACUGGGUAGACAAGACAGGAGCCCAGCUAGACAGGAACAUGGUAGGCAUGUAGAAGAUAACUCAGCUAGGCAGGAAAAAGGUCGAGAAAGAAGUCCAGCUAGAAAAGACCAAAGCCGAGAAAGAAGUCCAGCUAGAAAAGACCAAAGCCGAGAAAAAAGUCCAGCUAGAAAAGACCAAAGCCGAGAGAGAAGUCCAGGGAGAAAAGAUCAGAGUAGAAGCCGGGAAAGAAGUAGAGAGAGAGAAAAAACUCCUCAACGUGAUAGAAGUCCAACUAGAGAUGACAUUCAUGGACAAGAAAUUUAUAACAUUCCACUUUUAGCUGUUAAUGCUAAUGAAAAUGAUGAUUCUGAUUCUGAUGGUCUGUCUGAAAGAAGCUUCCGAGCAGAAGAUUUCAUAAAUGAGUUUGAUAAUGAAACCAAAGAUACUGCUCGAAAACGUGAAAUAGAACAAUGGUUGAGAGAAGAGGCACAGAAAGAACUCGAUCUGACAUCAAGAACUGAAAAAGAAACCAGCUUCUCAAGUGAGAAAAAGAUUCACUAUGGUAAACUUCCAACACCUGAAGCUUCAAGAACAAAAUCAAAAUUUGAUGAUUUGAGUUUUUUGUCUCAAAGUGAUCUGGAGGUAAUUUAUGGAAAAUUACCAAACACAAACAUCUCACUACCCUCUUCAACAACAACAACGGUACUUUUCCCUGUAACUACGGCAACAUACACUUCAACAAGACAACAUGCAAGUAAGGAUUAUAGAACCUAUUCUUCAUCACAAUCCAAACCACAGACUUCAACAAUCCCUGCUUCCUCAAACACAACAAAUACAAAGCAAGUUUCAACUGCUCCCCCAAAGAAACCUAUUUUUGACUGGAAGUUUGAAAGGAACCCAUUCUCUGCUACAGCUACAUCAAAACCACAUUAUGACACAGAGCUGUUGACCUCCUCUUAUAGUGGCAAACAUGAUAGUCAUUCAGUUUCAGGGCCAAAGGCUGUUACUAAGACAACCAUUUCUGAGAAAACCUCCUCACAACUCUGGUAUGAGAAAGAGCCUUUUUUAUUGCCAAUGGUCACAACAGAAGUACAAGAUGAAGUUCAUGAAAGGAAAUAUGAACUGUUCCCAAAGGAAGUGCCUUCACCAGAUGAUGACGACAGUUUAAAAGGUAGUUAUGAAGAACUACCAAAUCCAAGGCUGACAAGCCUAGUAACAAAACCUAACUAUGAUCGUUAUACUCAAGGUAAACAUUUUCAGACAUCAUCAACAGCUCCAAUUAAGACUGCUGCAGGUUACCAACAACUACCUACACGAACCAAACACACACUGUCAGGAGCGCAAUAUGAUGGCAAACACCUACAUUCAACCGCUGUAUCCAUGACAACAACUAUGCCUGCACCUAGGAUGUCUUUCAGCAAUAGGUACCUUGCAAAUGGACAUUUGCCUUCAGAGCAAAGACCAGAGAAAUCAGCUGACAAAGUCACCUUUGGCAAGCUCCCAGAAAACACUGGCAUGCCAAUAACCCCUGGAUAUGCAGAUUAUUCCACAAAAUUUGAUUUAUUUCCAAAGAAGGAGUCUGCAAGUGCCUUAGAAAGAAAGAAUGACAGCAAUUCGAUCUAUUUGAAAAAGUACAGUAGACCAGCAUCCAGAGAAUCUCAUAAAACCCUUUCAUCUGAGAACAUACAUGACUCAUCAACAAGACCAACCGUCACCAAGGCAACGUCUUCUAAUAGACCAGCAGUGGCAGGCUCAGAUGUGUCCACUAAUGGUCCACUGACUCUGAGUGAAUUAGAAGAAUCACCAAAGAAAUCCAACAGCUCCAAUGCUGCUAAAAACCAGUAUACUUAUGGUGAAUCAGUGCAGAUGUCAAAUCAGAAAUUCAACAGCUCUGAACCUGCUGCAGACCGGUAUACUACUGACAAACCAGGGCACACCUCAAAUCAGAAAACCAUUAAGGCAGAAACUGGGACCAAUUUUGUUGGAUACAAAUAUGGCUCUUCCAAUUUGCUGGAUACCCCCUCUGUUCCACUGCCAACGGUUACCGGUUUGGGAAUUGAAACGGGUGAUUCUGGAAGUCUUUUGUUAGACAAGUUCAGGGAUAUCUCACUCACAUCAGAACAGCAGGAAUAUGCAAAUAGCUUAAUUAGUAAAUAUGUUGGCAUGGUACAUUAA